GCGCGUAAACGGGUCCCGCGAAAGCGGUGAACGCGACUUUGGAUACGUCUCCCUUGUUGAAUGACACCUGCCACGGAAACACCCCUCCUGGUGCACCUAAUUUCCCAAAUGCCAUUACCUCGGAUGCGUUCGAACCACGCGGAUAAGUCAUCGAUAUCUUCGCCCCUUACCCGUCUAACAGUCGCGAUUCUUUGAUGUUUCUUUCUACCCUUCGUUCCGCCCAUUGGUGUCACCCAAACCACAUCGGUUCGCAUGCACCGUCGUAGGGCCAAUUGGGGAAAUUGAUCCGAUCAAGAAAUCGCCGGGUGGAAGAUUUUGCGACUCCUUUUAAGGUUCCUCUCCGCCGCCCGUGAAAGCGAACGGGGAAGUUGAUCGGAUAAAGAAAUCGCCGGUUGGAAGAUCGUGCGGCUGUGUUUUAGGUUCCGCUCCGCCGCCGUGGAGAGAAGCAAGAAAAGCGAGGAGCCGGGAGGCUUAGAGCGCAACGAUGAUGGGAGAAGGAAGCGUAUGAGAGGAAGGGAUCCGAAAACCGCUCAUGGAUCACCCCUUUGCCCCUUCCCCACCCGUCUGCUUCCGCUCGUCGAACUCUCGUCGUCGUCUCGUCGGCGCCAACCACACCUCCGCCCGCUUCUGCUCCCGUUGACGCCGCCCCUCCUCCUCCUGCUCCCGUUAGAUCUGCUUUAGUUCUAGGGUUAGGGCUUGUGUUUCGAUUCUUUGUUCUCUUUUUUACAGGUGUAGGUAGGUAUACAGGGAUUCUUUGAUCUGUUCUUUCCGGCGAUGGAUCCGGCGGCGAAGCCGAUCUCGGUUCGAAAUCUCCUCGUCCGGGCUCUCCUCUUCUUCCUCUCCGUAUUUCUCCUCCGGUUCGUCUACGUCGUCACCGUCCACGGCGGCACCUGCGCCGCCGGCGACUUCUGCCUCUUCUCCUCGCCGGCGGAACCCGUCGCCGUCGCUGGAACCGGCGCCGGCUCCGCCUCGGCCGCCGUGGCCUCCGUCCAUGCCGGCCUCGGAUCGGCCGCCACCCCCGCACUACGCGCCCUCUGGACCAGCCGGGAGUGGCGCAAGGCCGUCGAGUUCUACUCCUCCGUGUUCCAGAACCUCGUCGCAGAGGGCUUCCUCUCCCCGGCCUCCAAAUCCCUCUGCGUGGACUCGCCCGCUGGCUAUGAGGUCCUCGCCCUCAAGGAGAUCGGCGUUGCUGACGCGGUCGGCGUCGCCAAGAAGAGCGCGCCGCCUCUGGUGGUCGGUGGCGCCGAUUCGCUCCGACUGCCGUUCGGGAACGGGACCUUCGACUUCGUCUUCGCCGGCCGGAGCCUCGACCGUAGCAAACAACCUGCGAAUCUCGCAGCAGAGAUCGCAAGGACGCUGAAGCCACAUUGGUUCCUGGUGGCGCUCACUGCAUCCGCCCACGAUGCCUACAGCCGUCACUCCCUCGCCGAGCUCUUCCCCGACUGCAUAACUGUUCGAUCACGGGUGAUCCACAGCCCGGAUUCAGCGAAGCCACUCUGGGAGAUCGUAUUCCAGAAGCAAGAAGGCACACAGACCGUUAGCCCAAACGGGAAGUCAGGCGGCGACUGUCCUAUCCCGGAGCACAAGCUCGAGAUUUUACGGUCGGCGGAGCCGCUGAUCGAGGAGGAGCCCCUGAAGCCAUGGAUCACCCUGAAGAGGAACAUCCAGAACGUCAAGUAUUUGCCUUCCAUUGCUGACAUAAGCUUCAAGCCACGGUACAUCUACAUUGACGUCGGCGCACGGAGCUACGGGUCGAGCAUCGGCAGCUGGUUCAGGAAACAGUACCCUAAGCAGAAUCACACCUUCGAAGUCUUCGCGAUCGAGGCUGACCGAGCGUUCCAGGACGAGUACGCAACCAAGAAGGCCGUCAAGUUGCUGCCUUUCGCGGCGUGGGUACGCAACGAGACUUUAACCUUCGAGAUCAAUCGUGACCCGGAAAACCAUGAUGAUGUGGAGAAAGGGCGAGGGAUGGGCCGAAUCAGACCGGCGGGGGGUUCCGACGGCCGAGUUUCAUCGGGCGAGGUGCACGCCAUUCAGGGGUUCGACUUCGCCGCAUGGCUGAAGAGGACGGUGACGGAGAGAGACUACGUCGUGAUGAAGAUGGAUGUGGAGGGGACGGAGUUUGAUCUGGUCCCGAGGCUCUUCGAGACGGGGGGGAUCUGCUUGAUCGACGAGCUGUUUCUGGAGUGCCACUACAACCGAUGGCAGAAGUGCUGCCCGGGGCAGAGGAGUCCCAAGUAUCAGAACACCUACGGUGAAUGCUUGAAGCUGUUCACCAGGCUCAGGGACGGUGGUGUUCUGGUUCACCAGUGGUGGUAAUCCGUAAACUCAAUCCUCGUCACAAAACUAUGCACAGUGCUGUGAGACCACCACAGUCGAAUGAAGUAAGUAACCAUCAUCAUCCUCGCAAAAUUCCCUCCUUUGGUUGACCGAGAUAUUGUUGAAUGCAGUAGUCGAGUCUACGAAUGUGUCGUCAAAGGUGGUCAUCAUACAAGAGAGUGUUGGUCCUCUCGAGGAGUAUGUGCGAUGGCAUAACGAGGAGAUGUACAAAGAGUCGAGUGAAAUGUGAAGCUUGUUUGGUUUCGUUACA